UGUUGACCAAGGCAUUCAAAUCUAACACCGAAAAAUAUAACGUACUUAAAAAGUGGAGGAGUCUAUCAAAACGAAACAUGCGAGGAAUUGAAAGAAUGGUUUUAACGAAGAAUUCGUAUAGCUUGACAUGGUCUUUUAUGUUCAUGAUGGUUUUUUGCUUUGCUGGAUGCGCUGCAGGUUCUUGUCUGAGCUACGGACAUUCCUGCUGGGGCGCACACGGAAAACGUAGCGGAAUUGGUGGGCCGAAUAAUCUUCGACCUCUUUUGAUACCAGAGCAGAAUGGCGAAAAUAAUAGGAAUUUUGAAACACCUUCGCUCAGAGAUCGUUGGCUGAUAUCACGAUUGAUUGGUAAAAGACAUCAAUUUCCAAAUCCUGGAAAAUAUCGUGUCAGGUUGUACGAUACUUUAAAAAGUCGAGGAAUGCCACAUGAUUGGGACAAGAAUGACUCCAUGGCUUCAAAAGAAGACAUCAUUAGAGACAAUACUGAAAAAGUUUUUAAAAACAAGGAAAGUGAAGAAGAGUCCAAUGAAUCAGAAAGUUUUCCUAGGGAGCUAACAGGAAAUUUUGAUGAAGAGAGUGCGGAAAUAAUUUUGCUUCCAAGGCAUGGAGUAACAAAAGACAACGCAGGUCAAUUCAGAUUUAUAAAAAUUAAGACUAACGCGGAUGAUAAUUUAAAAUAAAACUGAGAGGAGUUAUACACAAGUCGUUAAAGAGAGGGGUGCUGAUAUUCAGAAUUAAGUGGCUUAAAUAAUUUGUUUUUUAAUUAAUUUAAAAUAAUUCAGUUAUCAGCUCUCUAGACCAUGGACUGAGACAAGAAUCUUUUAACUUUAAAUAUACUUUUAACAAGCGAAAUUAAAAAAGCUAAGACUCGAAUCCAUACGGGAAACUAAAAUGAGACACUAAAUAAUAACUGAUUUUAAAUAAUUAUAUUUUGAAAAUAUGAAGCUCAU